AUGGCGACAGAGUGGAGCGGGCAGCAGGGUUACAUUCUCGCUGUCAUUAUAUUCCUGUGGAGCGCGGUGGGCGGACGCACGGAGGCGGCGGCCGCUGCUGCGGCGUCCUCGGGCGGCAGGGGCGGCGGCGGCGGAGGCGGCGGCGGCAGCGGCGGCGGCGGACAGGUGCUCGGCAUGCGUCUGGAGAGGAGCGACAAGCCGUCCGGCACCAAUGACGACGGUGUCAUCCAGGUGACCGAGGAGAGCACCGUGCAGCUCCGGUUCUACGGGGUGCAGCUCCACUCGGGCGCCUGGACGCAGAUCCGCUUCACGGAGCUCACGGACGGCGGCGAGGAAGAGGAGGAGGAGGAGGAGGAGGAAGCGGCGGCCGCGGCGGCGGCGAGGGGCGGCAGCGGCAUGAUGGAGGCGCCGGACAGGACUUGCGCCGACUUCACGAAGGACAUCAGCGUCGGGACCUUCAUGAACGUGAGCGGCCGAGGCACGUCCGGUGUGCUCACCGUGCGCGUUAAGCCGCUGCGCAAGAGCGAGCCGCAGAAGGAGUACGCCCUGUGCACGCGCCACGCCGCGGACGACGGGAGCAGGUGGGUGCAGCUGGGCGACAGCGACGGCCGGCUGCUGGUGCUGGAGGAGAAGAAGUCUCUGCUGCCCAUGUGGCUGCAGCUGAUCGUCAUCUGCUGCCUGCUGGUGCUGUCCGGCAUGUUCAGCGGGCUCAACCUGGGCCUGAUGGCGCUGGACCCCAUGGAGCUGCGCAUCGUGCAGAGCUGCGGCACCGACAAGGAGCGCAACGACGCCCGGAAGAUCGAGCCCAUCCGCAGCAAGGGCAACUACCUGCUGUGCUCCCUGCUGCUGGGCAACGUGCUGGUGAACACCACGCUCACCAUCCUCCUGGACGACCUGAUCGGGUCCGGCCUGGGCGCCGUGGUGGCCUCCACCAUCGGCAUCGUCAUCUUCGGGGAGAUCGUGCCGCAGGCGCUGUGCUCGCGCCACGGCCUGGCGGUGGGGGCCAACACCAUCAUGGUGACCAAGUUCUUCAUGUUCCUCACCUUCCCGGUGUCCUUCCCCGUCAGCAAGCUGCUGGACGUGCUGCUGGGCCAGGAGAUCGGCACCGUGUACAACCGGGAGAAGCUGGUGGAGAUGCUGAAGGUGACGGAGCCCUACAACGACCUGGUGAAGGAGGAGAUGAACAUGAUCCAGGGCGCCCUGGAGCUGCGGACCAAGACGGUGGAGGACGUCAUGACGCCCAUCGGCGACUGCUUCAUGAUCCAGGCGGACGCCGUGCUGGACUUCAACACCAUGUCGGAGAUCAUGGAGAGCGGCUACACCCGGAUCCCCGUGUUCGACGACGAGCGCUCCAACAUCGUGGACAUCCUGUACGUCAAGGACCUGGCCUUCGUGGACCCGGACGACUGCACCACCCUGAAGACCAUCACCAAGUUCUACAACCACCCGGUCCACUUCGUGUUCCACGACACCAGGCUGGACGCCAUGCUGGAGGAGUUCAAGAAAGGUAAAUCCCACCUGGCCAUCGUGCAGAAGGUGAACAACGAGGGGGAGGGGGACCCGUUCUACGAGGUGCUGGGAUUGGUCACCCUGGAGGACGUCAUCGAGGAGAUCAUCAAGUCGGAGAUCCUGGACGAGUCCGACCUCUACACUGACAACCGGAACAGGAAGAAGGUGGAUCCCAAUAAAAACAAGCCCGACUUCUCGGCCUUCAAGCAGGAGGGCGACAGCAAAGUGAAGAUCUCUCCUCAGCUCAUGCUGGCGGCGCAUCGUUUCCUGGCGACAGAGGUCACCCUGUUCAGCCCCUUCCAGGUCACAGAGAAGGUCUUACUGAGGGUCCUCAGACACCCGGACGUCAUCAAGGAAAUCAAGUUCAACGACAACGACAAACGCUCGCCGCAGCACUUCCUGUAUCAGAGAGGCAAACCUGUGGACUUCUUCAUCCUCGUACUGCAGGGGCGAGUGGAGGUGGAAGCCGGAAACGAAAACAUGAAGUUUGAAAGCGGGCCGUUCUCCUACUACGGAGUCAUGGCUCUGAGCUCUCCAUCACUGGCCGUCACCCCUCCUCUCUCCCCAUCAGUGGCGUCUCCCCCUCCACGGCGCCUCUCUCUUAAGAGGUUUUCUCUGUUCUCUCGUUUCCCAGAGUUUCGCUCUCCGUCUCACGCGGGGAACCUGAACCGCUCGGCGUCUCUGAGCUGCACCGAACGCCUUCCGGAGAACGUCUCCGUCGGCGGGAGCGUCACUCAGAUCCCGGGGACGCCGUUCCAGUACGUACCGGACUUCUGCGUACGAGCUCUCACCGACCUGCAGUAUGUCAAGAUCACUCGUGCUCAGUACCAGAACGGCCUCCUGGCGUCCCGGCUGGACAGCACGCCGCAGUCACCCGAGGGCAGUCACACUCGUCUGGACACGUCCGUCUCUUUGCCCCCCGUGACGCCACCGGGGUUCCGCGCCCUGCUGCCGCUGGCCACGCCUCCCGCAAAGCGCCAGCCCCAAUCCGCCUCCUCGUCCGGCCGCAGACCCAGCCAGCCUCUGCCCCAAGCCACGCCCCCUCCGAGCAACCACACCACUUUCACCCAACCCCACCCGUCCUCCGUGAGCCCGACUGCGGGCGCCUUUAACCCGACUCCGUCCUCCUGCGGCGCCCCGAAGCCCCAGCUGCUGUUGCUGCCGCCGCCGCCGCCGUCUCCCGAUCCGGGGAACGGGCCGGGGGAGACCACCACUCUGCUCAGUGAGCAGCAGAACUGCCUGGGCCCCCACAGGCCCAGCCACACCCAGGCACACCCCAUCCACACCAUCAGCCACACACACACCGAAAGCACCAUCUAA